AUGCCUGCUCUGGAGCAACUGCCUUUUCGCGGUGGAGCAGAUUGGACCGUCAAAUCAAACGUUCAAACAAAGAGUUGCAACAAAACCUUCCUCACCUGGAUGUCCAAGGGGUUUUUGUCGAUGGGGCGGGCCAUCCUGCUCCGUUGCCUUCUCCUGAGAGCCAGAAUUGAAUCAAAUCCAGCUCGUUGCAGAAUCCGCUACAACUGGCAUCACCUCAACAACUGCACGACCAACAUCAACGGUUAUUACUACUGUAACAACUGUUCUCACCCAUCAAAAAAAUCGGGCAAAUCACGACGGCCAACAUCGACAUCAGCAUGA